AUGGCGAACCGACAACCUUCUGCCGAAGUGGUCGGGAAAGCAUUCAUUGAGCAAUACUAUUAUGUCCUUCGGCAUCAUCCGGAGAUGGUUCACCAGUUCUACAAGGAAAGCAGCAAGCUUGGCCGUCCUGAUGACCGUGGCGACGUGACAUCGGUCACCACCAUCGAUGGAAUCAAGGAGAAGAUAAUGGCCACCAGAUUGGGCGUACCAGAGAUAAGGAAGGUGGACAGCCAGGACUCGCACAAUGGUGGGGUGUUGGUCCACGUGACAGGGCGUCUCAUCAGGGAGGACGAUGUCCAGAGGGGCUUCUUCCAGGUCUUCUUCCUUGCUCCCCAGGAGACGGGAUACUUUGUGCUCAAUGACAUACUACGGUAUGCGGGAGAUAUCGACGGCCAGGGCUCUGCCAUUGAUCGAGAAGAAACUGUGCCAUUGCCCAUCGAUGAUGUGAUUGCUACAGCAUAUGAAGUCUGUGAUUCUAUGAGCAAUGGCGAGAGCUGGACUGUCCAAGAGAAAGAACCGGGCAAUGAGAUAUGUGAUUCCGUGAACAAUGGCGAGAGCUCGACUGUGCCAGAGAGAGAAUCGAGCAAUGAGGUGCUUGAUGUAGCUUCUGAUGGCUGUCGGGUUGAUACAACUCUUGUUCAACAGAUGUACAAAAGGACAUAUGCUGAAGUAAUGAAACCUAAGAAAGGUGGCGCUGUGAAGGAAUCAGCUGCAGCGGCAUCUAAAGCAGUCCCUACGCCAACAUCUGAUACGCCGAUCUCCACUUCUGGUGCUGCUGGAAACAACACAUCAGUGUGCAUUAAAAACAUACCCUUCGGUGCAACACCGGCUCAUCUCGAGGAGCACUUCAAGAGGUUUGGUCCUAUCAAGCCUGGUGGCAUCCAAGUCAGAACCACUAAGUGCCAGGAACGUCCUUCUUGUUAUGGCUUCGUCGAGUUCGAGAUGGCCGAUUCCGCCCGAAAUGCGAUAAAGGCUUCUCCCAUAAUUAUAUCUGGCCGUCAAGUCUACAUCGAGCAAAAGAAAAUAUUUGGUUCAGGAGUUAAUGAUAACAGAGGAAGAUUUCCACCUGUUAGAGGGGAUGGGCACCUGAGUGCAGGAGCAAGACAGCACGGGAACAGAAGCCAUUUUGGAGGCAGAGCUGGCAACUCGAGAAACUAUUGA